GCCAUGAACCUGCCUCCCGACAAAGCCCGGCUCCUGCGGCAGUACGACAACGAGAAGAAGUGGGAGCUCAUCUGUGACCAGGAAAGAUUCCAAGUGAAGAAUCCUCCACACACGUACAUCCAGAAGCUGAAGGGGUAUCUGGACCCAGCAGUGACCAGGAAGAAAUUCAGGAGACGAGUCCAGGAGUCGACCCAGGUGCUCCGAGAACUGGAAAUUUCCUUGAGGACAAACCACAUUGGAUGGGUCAGGGAGUUCCUGAAUGAGGAGAACAAAGGCCUGGAUGUCCUGGUGGAAUAUCUGUCCUUUGCCCAGUAUGCAGUCACGUAAGUGAGACAUUCCCGGGAUUUUCUGCCAGCAAAUCCAUGGAUUUUAGGAAAUAUUCCUUCAUUCCAAAGGGGUUAAACACUGAACAGGCUGCCCAGGGCAGUGGUGGAAUCACAAUCCCUGGAAUUGUUCAAGAAUAGGUCUGG